AUGGCCAAAUCUCUUCGUGCCAAGUCGCAACUAAAAGCCAAGUCGGUAAAACGUAAGAACGUUUUCCAGGUGGACGCGGACGCCCGCGCGAACCGUAUCGCAGACAAAAUGAAGGAAGAUCUGAUAAAACAGCGGUUGGAAGAGCUCAAACGCAAAAACGCGAGCUUGCAAAACGACGAGGACGCCAGAAAGGCGUUGGAGGCAGACAAUCAGAUGGAUCAGGACCAACAGGCCAAAAAUGUCAGCACCUCGGGCUGGAGAGACGCCAGACACCACACCUACAAACGCAACAAGAAAUUGAGCAAGAACCGCAAGAAGGGCUCGUUCACCAAGUUUUAA